AUGGCAAGCGGUGUUAAGUCGUUCGAGGUUUCAGAACCACUCAACGCUAGUUUGAAAGGAUUCGCAUUGGCAAACCCUCAAUUGACUCUGGUAGAAAACGAGAAUGUGUUUUUCAGAAAAACAGACAGCAACAAGAUCGCUUUGAUUGCUGGUGGCGGUUGUGGCCACGAGCCCACACACGCUGGAUUCAUUGGUGAAGGUAUGUUGGGCGGUGCCGUAUGCGGUGACAUAUUUGCAUCCCCUUCGACUAAGCAGAUUCUCAAUGGUAUUAAGCUUCUAAGCAAGCAGUCCUCGGGCGUCUUGCUAGUUGUUAAGAACUACACAGGUGAUGUUCUGCACUUUGGUUUGGCUGCCGAGCGUGCCAGAGCGCUAGGAAUACCUUGUAAGGUUGCCAUUGUCGGAGACGACGUAGCUGUCGGAAGGGAGAAGGGUGGCCUUGUUGGCCGUAGAGCGCUUGCGGGUACCGUAUUGGUUCACAAAAUCACGGGUGCUUUUGCCGACAAGUUCUCUGAGAAAUACGGACUUGAUGGUACCGCUAGGGUUGCCGAAAUAGUGACCCAGAACUUAGUGACCAUUGGAUCUUCGAUGGACCACUGCAAGGUUCCUGGCCGUAAGUUCGAAACUGAGCUCAACGAAAAGAAAAUGGAGCUAGGAAUGGGUAUCCACAAUGAGCCCGGUGUCAAGGUCCUGGAGCCUGUGCCAAGCACUGAUGAAUUGAUCGAAAAGGACAUGCUUCCAAAGCUGCUAGACCCUAAUGACAAAGAUAGGCACUUCUUGGACUUCAACAAGGACGACAAUGUGGUGCUUCUAAUCAACAACUUGGGAGGGGUCUCCAACUUCAUCAUCUCAGCGAUUGCUGCUAAAACCGCCGAGCUCUUGGAGAAAAACUACAACAUCAAACCAGUUCAGACCAUCACAGGCACUUUGAUGACAUCCUUCAACAUGGACGGAUUCAGCAUCACGUUGCUCAACGCCUCCAGUGCUACUAAGCAGCUUAACAAAGAGUUUUCUGAAGUGAAGUGCGUGUUGGAGCUCUUGAGAGCGCCCACAGACGCUCCUGGUUGGCCAAACGUGUCCCACGAUGGUUCCAGGGCUCCUGAAGUCGAUGAAAGCCAGCUCAAAGAUGAAAUCAAGGUCAAGCCUGCUGGCAAGUUUGACUUCAAACAUUUCUCCGAGAUGAUGAAGUCAGGCGCGGACCAGCUUAUCCAGAGCGAACCUCACAUCACCAAGCUCGACUCGCAAGUCGGUGAUGGUGACUGCGGUUACACGCUAGUUGCAGGCGCCAAGGGUAUUACGGACAACCUGAAAAAACUGGACCAAAAUUACCUGUCACAAGCUUUGGCGCAAAUUUCUGACUACAUUGAGAGCUCCAUGGGUGGCACCUCUGGUGGAUUAUACUCUAUCAUGAUUUCGGGCUUAUCUCAUGGGUUAAUUCAAGAAUGCAAGGAGAAAGACCAGCAAGUUACUCCCGAACUUUUGGGAAAAUCCAUGGGCAUCGCUCUGGACACUCUCUAUAAGUACACAAAGGCAAGACCUGGCGCUUCCACGCUGAUCGACGCGCUGGAGCCAUUCGUUAAGGAGUUCUCCUCGUCAAGCGACUUCUCUAAGGCUAUCAAGGCCGCAGAAGAGGGCGCGAAAUCUACUGGAUCUCUGGAAGCUAAGUUUGGAAGAGCCUCUUAUGUCAGUGACUCGAGUGAAAUUCCAGACCCUGGCGCUAUUGGCUUCGUAGAGUUCUUGAAGGGUGUUCAGAAGGCAUUGUGA